AGUGUCACAGCUUCACUUACAGUUACUGUCAGCUACUCCGGACGAGUCGAGUCAUCCCCGAAACGCAAACCAAAUCUUUCAAAAUGAAGUGCUUCAUUGCCAUCGCUUUGCUCGCCGUUGCCGUCAGUGCAUCGCCAGUCGAAUACGGCCACUAUGGUGGCCCCGCUCUGGUCCAUGCCCCGCUCGUGCACCACGCUCCCGUGGUGAAGCAUCUCGUCGCUGAGCCAGUGGCCUACCCGAAGUACUCGUUCAACUAUGGCAUCAAGGACCCGCACACCGGCGACAUCAAGUCGCAGGCUGAGGAGCGCGACGGUGACGUCGUCAAGGGCCAGUACUCCCUUGUUGAACCGGACGGUUCCGUGCGCACCGUCGACUACACCGCCGAUGAUCACAACGGUUUCAACGCGGUCGUCCACAAGUCGGCCCCGGCCGUCCAGAAGGUGAUCGCCGCCCCGGUCCACGCCCACUACGCUCACGCUCCCGUCCUCAGCCACUACGUCCACUAGAGUCCGGACCGUCAGGACCACUCACGACAGCAACAGCAACAACAACACUCUCUAAGCAUAUCCAUCACUCGUUAGUUAGUAUCGUAGUCAACUCAACUCACUCUCACUGGGCCCCUGACGGAAGAAGGAAGAACCCUGCCGUGCGGCACCGAAGCCAACACACACAAACGCACGCACACACACACAUGCGCGCAUCGGUUGUUCACACAGACGCCAUGCCGACGCCGUUAAGAAGGGGAUGGGAAUGGGCAGAACCUCCGCCAAGGAGGGCCGUUUAGUUCGUUACCUACAUAGCUGCGUAAGGAUACGUCCGCUUGAUGGCGUCCGUCCCACCCACUGUCCCUGCGCCUCUUCAAUCCUUUCCGCGUCAAUCGACGUCCCAAAUCCCCAUCGCCAUCGCCGCGGCGCCUAAAUCGCCGCAACUCGCACGGCACGGUUCAGCUGAAGGGAGCUUUUUUUGCAAGCUUCCGGCGGUUACCGGGCGCGCGCGAAGCGAAUCCGAUUCGCGACCGAAUGGCGAUGGUGGUGUUGUGAUGCGAAGGCGUUCUUCCUUCCUCGGCUUCCGUCUACCCUGGCUAUUAUGUUUUUGUUUUGUUUCCAAUGAUCUUCCAAGGAGAUCUCCCCCAGGGAGUUCUGCAAAUGAUCCUUGUACCUCCCGCUCGUACGGGUGCAGUGUGGCAUGCCGAGCAAGCCACACACACACUCACGACACUAUCUCUAUCUCUCUGUGAUCUGUUACUGCUAUUGAUGCUGCAACUACUACUACUGCUAUUACUACUACUACUACUACCACUACUAUUGCCAUUACUAUUGUGCCUUCUCCCCACUCAAACAAAAAAAACGAACAUGGACCGGCCGGCUACUGGCCGCUCUGCCCAGGGCUAUGUUUCUUGUUGCGCCAUCAUAUAGCGAACCAUAUCGGUGAUAAAAAAAGGACACACGGGCUGGCACCAGCAUAUUGUGAACGGAACGGAGUAAAGAAAACCAACAAAAAACGUUAUGCUCCCGGUACGCACCGUAUGAUUCAAUCCGCCAAACCGAAAGGAUUCGUUACGGUUGCGACACCUAAGGUGGGGUGGAAACAAUAACACAAAAAAACACACAACAAUUAGUGGAGCAAAGCUAUCAUCCAUGUGAAACCAGGCACACUGUAUCAGAACUGUAAAUAAUGAAUAAAAAGCCACAAU